AUUCAAGUUCGUAGACAUGUUGACAUCAUUCUAUGGCCCAUAUAAUACUUGACUCUUUCAACCAAAAUCAACCAAAAUAUGUAUUAUGUAUACAUUGUGUUAUAAUAUGUACUCUUCAAUAUAGAAGAUAUAUUUCCAAACGACAAUGAAGGAGAUAAUUCUUGUGUUUGUAGUUCUUUACUUUGUAACGUGUGAAUGUUAUGUGAUUAUUAAUGGAGUUCGAUUCCCAAAACCUCAAAGGAAUGGGUGGCUACAUAUCCCAGAAGUACCUCGUUCAAAUACUCAACGGCGUGGGUGGUUACAUGUCCCAGAAGUACCUCGUUCAAAUACACAAAGGCGUGGGUGGUUACAUGUCCCAGAAGUUCGUCGUCCAACUACUCAAAGGCGUGGGUGGCCACAUGUCCCAGAAGCGCGUCGUCCUUAUAGUCAAAAGUGGGAUGACUCUGAUGAUUGGUUUGAAGAUUUGUUAGAGGUUCUAGAGCCAGUCACUUGCAAGCCUGGGACUUGGGGACCAAUUUGCGGUGAACAAUGCAGUUAUAGAUGCGUAAAACGAGCUUGCGACAGAAUUACUGGAGAUUGUGUCUAUGGAUGUAUCGGUAAACGGAAUCCACCAAAAUGUUCGACGAGGUGUGCACGACGUACUUGGGGUAUAAAUUGUCGAUCAAAAUGUGCUGACAAAUGUUCAGGGGAUUGUGAUGAUGCAACCGGAUAUUGUGUGAAUGGCUGUAAUGGCUAUAGUGAUCCACCAAUCUGUAAUACACAUUGCAGGACCGGAGAGUAUGGUGUCAACUGUAAAGAAAAGUGCACGAACUGUUACAAUUUGAUGUGUGAAAACCAUGAACACACUUGUACCCAAGGUUGUCUAGGGUUUUUAAAUCCACCACAAUGCAAUAUACCAUGUUUAAAAGGUACAUGGGGAAGAAAUUGUUUGUCGACCUGUUCAAACAAUUGUAUCGACAAAUUAUGUGAUAGACUUACAGGCAAUUGUGAAAUAGGAUGUAUUGGCUAUAUGAACUCACCAUACUGUACUGUAGCUUGUCUUCCUGGAACCUGGGGUAUUAACUGUCGAAACAAAUGCUCUGAACGUUGUCAGGAUAGAUCAUGUAAUAAAGUCACAGGAGGGUGUGACAAUGGAUGUGUUGGCUUCAGUGAUCCUCCCAAUUGCAAUAAAGCAUGUUUAAGAGGAACAUGGGGAAGAAAUUGUUUAUCCAUCUGUUCAAAGAACUGUUUUGAGGGAACUUGUGAUGCAGUCACCGGAAAGUGUGACAUAGGAUGUAUUGGUUAUAGAGACCCACCACACUGUAAUGAAGCUUGUCUUGCUGGAACCUGGGGUAUAAACUGUCAAAACAACUGCUCUGAAACUUGUCAUAAAAGAUCAUGUAAUAAAGUAACAGGAGAAUGUGACAAUGGAUGUGUUGGCUUCAGUGAUCCUCCGGCAUGCAGUAAAGUUUGCGCUGAAGGAACAUGGGGACAUAACUGUCAACAGAACUGCUCCGAGAAGUGUCAUGGUGGAUCCUGUGACAGUGUGAAUGGAGAAUGCAUCAAUGGAUGCGAAGGAUUCAGUAAUCCUCCAGUUUGUGAUCAAGCUUGUAGCAACGGAACCUGGGGAUAUGAUUGUCAGUGGAACUGCUCAGAGAAUUGUUAUGGUGGCUCAUGUGACAGUGUCAGUGGGGCGUGUUUGGAUGGAUGUGAAGGCUACAGUGAUCCCCCUUUUUGUGAACUAGCUUGUGAUAAUGGAACCUGGGGAUAUAAUUGCCAGUGGAACUGCUCAGAGAAUUGUUUUGCUGGAUUAUGUGACGGUUUCAGUGGACUAUGUAGCAUUGGAUGUGACGGUUUUAGUAAUCCACCAUACUGUGAUAUUGAAUGCGAUAAUAGAACCUGGGGAUUUGAUUGUCAAUGGAACUGCUCAGAGAAUUGUUUUAAUGGAUCCUGUGAAAGUGUCGAAGGACUUUGUGACAACGGAUGUAAUGGCUUCAGUAAUCCCCCGGACUGUGAUGCAAAUUGUGACAAUGGCACGUGGGGUUUAAAUUGUCAGCAAACGUGUUCAGAUAAAUGUUUUGGUGGAUCAUGUGACAGUGUGAGUGGAGCCUGUGAUAAAGGCUGCAAAGGUUUCAGUAAUCCUCCAGAAUGUGAUACUGAAUGCCACAAUGGAACAUGGGGACUUAAUUGUCAGCAAAACUGCUCAGAGAAAUGUUUUGAUGGAUCUUGUGACAGUGUCAGUGGAGAAUGUAACAACGGCUGCGAUGGCUUUAGUAAUCCACCAGCCUGUGAUGAAGAGUGCCACAAAGGAACUUGGGGACUCAAUUGUCAGCAAAACUGCUCAGAGAAAUGUUUUGAUGGAUCUUGUGACAGUGUGAGUGGAGAAUGUAACAACGGCUGCGAUGGUUUUAGUAAUCCACCUGCCUGUGAUGAAGAAUGCCACAAAGGAACUUGGGGACUUAAUUGUCAGGAAGAAUGCUCAGAGAAAUGUUUUGAUGGAUCUUGUGACAGUGUUAGUGGAGAAUGUAACAACGGCUGCGAUGGCUUUAGUAAUCCACCAGCCUGUGAUGAAGAAUGCCACAAAGGAACUUGGGGACUCAAUUGUCAGCAAAACUGCUCAGAAACAUGUUUUGAUGGAUCUUGUGACAGUGUGAGUGGAGAGUGUAACAACGGCUGCGAUGGUUUUAGUAAUCCACCUGCCUGUGAUGAAGAAUGCCACAAAGGAACAUGGGGACUCAAUUGUCUGCAAAACUGCUCAGAAACAUGUUUUGAUGGAUCCUGUGACAGUGUGAGUGGAGAGUGUAACAACGGCUGCGAUGGUUUUAGUAAUCCACCUGCCUGUGAUGAAGAAUGCCACAAAGGAACAUGGGGACUCAAUUGUCUGCAAAACUGCUCAGAAACAUGUUUUGAUGGAUCCUGUGACAGUGUGAGUGGAGAGUGUAACAACGGCUGCGAUGGUUUUAGUAAUCCACCUGCCUGUGAUGAAGAAUGCCACAAAGGAACUUGGGGCCUCAAUUGUCUGCAAAACUGCUCAGAAACAUGUUUUGAUGGAUCCUGUGACAGUGUUAGUGGAGAAUGUAACAACGGCUGCGAUGGUUUUAGUAAUCCACCUGCCUGUGAUAAAGUUUGUGUCAUAGGUACUUGGGGUAAAAAUUGCGAAAGGACCUGCUCUGGCAUCUGUCAAAACAAUGCUUGUGAUAAAAACACUGGACAGUGUACAUUUGAAUGUAUGAACUGUACAAAAGAUCCCGCAGUAAACAGCUUAAUAGUGCCAAGCAAAGAGAUGGAAGAGACAGGUGUCCAGAAAUUUAAGACAUUAAUUAUUGCAGGAUCGAUUCUAGUAAUCGCUGCUGGCGCCAUUGUCUUAGUUGUAGUUGUUUUGGUAGUCAAAAGAAAGAUGACAUUCAGAAGGUUGCACAUUUUCGAUUCACGGGUAACAUUGUCCCAACUUAAGCUUAUUGACAAUGAAGUGAGCCCACAAAGUAAAGAAGAAUGCAAUGAAUAUAAGCCAAGUAUUACACAGCCGAAUCUGCAGUAAUUCAUCUGAAUUUUUCAAGUAUUAGCGAGUAUACAUUUUUUAUAUGACUCAAAUAAUUAUGACAUUAGAAAAUACAAAUUUUUGUGUUUACCACAUUGUUAUCGUUUUAUUUUGUACACCUGUGCCAAAGCCGAAGGAGCACAAGCUAUAUUAUAGAAUACACCUUUUCUAUAAUGUGCAGUAUCAAAAGCUGCAAAAUUUCAUUUUAAUUUUUAAGUAUUACCGACUUUUCCUUUUUUUUUAAUAGUAUAGUUAUAGUAAAUAGAAAAUAUGCAAUUUUUUAAUACCACAUUUAAUACUGUUUUUUAUUGUGUACACACGUGUCAAAGCCAGAGCUUUGGCGUCCAGUACGAUAAACACAGUCAUACUAUUUUGUCUUAAUAUCUUUUUCGAUUUCCAGAUUAUUGUAUCUUUAAAAAAAUGUCUAAGCUCAAAUUAAAAAUAUGACAAAUGUAGAUACAUUAUAUGUUAAGUUUCAAAUAAUACGUAUUUUCUUUUUUUGUUCCACAUUAAUGGUGUAAAAAAUGUUUAUGUUUGGAAGAAAAAUUGUAUUAAAUCUUAUUAAUAAAACAAAAUAAAAUUUUUAAUUUUAAAUAUUGAUAA